AUGCCACUGUUGACCCCUUCCCGCAUCGCCGUGGUGGUCAUCGCCAUCUCGCUCAUCAGCUUCCUGUGGACAUUCGGCCUCCCCCACCGGCUCGCCGAGCCUUCACUACCCAUAAUCGAACACCCGGCAGACGAAGUGAAGCUCCACGACCCAAUUGCGCCCGCGCCUGUCGUCCACACGCCACACACGACACCCCCGAAGGUUACGCCUACGCCAACAUUACCCGCGGACCAGCCGAAGCAGGAAGACGAUCACAGAUGGGACGACAAGACCAGGAAGGCAAGUCACACCGGGGUGCAGACACUGCUACCUGCGCCAAAGGAGACGGGCGCUGUUGGGCAUGAUGAGGAUGGAGGCAGGUGGAAUGAUCAGGAAAAGCCCAAGGACAGUGCAGGCAAGGGUAAGGCAAGUGCGGCUGCAGCUCCUACGACCCUUGUGGUAGAGGUAUCGCCAGCACCCGCCGCUCCGAACACGACCACAGCAACUCCUGCACCCAGCUCCUCGAGCGCACCAGCUCUGCAUUCCACUGCUCCGGUGCUCGCUCUCUGCAAGGAUGUUCGCAAUGCUCCACACGUCAUGGUCGUCAUCAAGACCUCGAAAGCGGAAAUCCACAACAAACUCUCUGCGCAUCUUCUGGGCUUGCUCUCCUGCGUGCCCAAUUUUGCCAUCUUCAGCGACCACGCUGGCGAGAUUGACGGCAAUCCUGUCCACGAUGCGCUCCACAACAUCAGCUCCGCGGCGAAGCAAAAGUACGACGAGUUUAGCGAGUACAAGAUCAUUACGGCAGACCCCGAGUACAAGCCAGACGCAAAGAAGACAAAAGAUCUGGAUAAAUGGAAGUUCCUGCCCAUGGUGUAUCAGGCCUAUCAGAUGAACCCGCAUGCCAAAUUCUACGCCUUCAUUGAAGCAGACACAGGCCUGAGCUGGACGAACCUGCUGCAGUGGGUGGACAGGCUGGACUACCGGAUUCCAUACUACAGUGGCGCACAGUCCUUUCUCAAUAAGGUACAAUUUGCACAGCGUGGUUCUGGCAUUCUACUUUCCCAGGGUGCUCUGCGAAGAUACGCCAAAUCCUAUGACGAGCGCUAUUUAAGCGAAUGGGAAGCGCGAGUGGGCAAGGAAUGCUGCGGUGACAUGGUUCUUGCAACCGCUCUUGCGGACGCGCAUGUCGAGCUAUACACCUCGUGGCCACUCAUCCAAGGCGAGCAACCGAACACACUCGACUACACGCCGAAGCAAUGGUGCGCACCAGCCGUCUCUUGGCACCAUAUGGACAAUGACGCAUUGAGAAAGAGCUGGGACAUGCAGAAGAAAUGGACCGAAACCCACGGCUGGGAGAAGCCUUAUCUCUAUCAGAACGCUUUUGAGGACUACGUGCAGCCACACCUGGUCGCGCAAAGAGAGAACUGGGAUAACAUAGGCUCCGAUACAAAGAUCACUGCGCAGCGGGGUCACCAGAAGCAAACGGAAAGCAAUGACGAGCACAGAGCGGGAGAAAAAUCAGAAAAGGCUGCCUCGCCGCCACACCGACGAGAAGACAAUAAAGAAAACAAAAAGCCAGAAGGUGGCAAAGAGGCUACUGACUGGGCAAAGAUCAGUACCAUGGUUGAAGACGGCGCCGAAAAUCCUGAAAGGUGCAAGAACGUCUGCGCCGAGGUUGAGGACUGCCUCCAGUGGCGCCAUACCGUGCAAAAUGAUGGAGAGUGUCACCUCAGCAAGGUCAUUAAGCUUGGCCGUGCGACUGGAAAGAAGGAAGGCGUGCAGCAGUGGACGAGUGGCUGGAUGGUGGACAGAAUCAAGGACACUGUGAAGAAGUGGGAGUGCAAGAAGGUGAACUGGAAGUUCUACCAGUGA